ACCGGAAGUAAAUAUGAAAUGAGUGUUAGCAAGAAAACUGUAAUUUUGGGCUCUUGCAGAAGUACAAAUGGAUCGAUUUUCGUGGUCAAAUGGACUUUUAGAGAUAGACGAAACGUUAGUUGUCCAGCAGAGAGGUGUUAGACUGUAUGAUGGAGAUGACAAGGUUAAAAUGGAACUCGGAGUUGCAUUAUUGAGCACUCAUCGCUUGAUCUGGAGGGACAUUAAGAAUCAUGAAUGCUGCCUCUCCAUACCCCUUUCUCAGAUCAUCUUCUUUGAGGAGCAGGCUGCAGGAAUAGGAAAGAGUGCAAAAAUAGUUAUCCACCUGCAUCCUUCAUCCCCCAGUAAGGAGCCAGGUCCCUUCCAGAACAGCAAAUAUUCCUACAUCAAGCUGUCUUUUAAAGAACAUGGGCAGAUUGAGUUUUACAGGAGACUAACGGAGGAAAUGACCCAGAAAAGGUGGGAGACUACACCGGUUUCACAGCCCCUUUCUUCAGGAACUGGGACCCAGGCAGGAAAAACACGCGCUGUGGGGAUUGUCGGCAUCGAAAGGAAGAUAGAGGAGAAGAGGAAAGAAACGGACAAAAACAUUUCUGAGGCCUUUGAGGAUCUCAGUAAGCUCAUGGUGAAGGCUAAAGAGAUGGUGGAGCUGUCCAGGUCCAUCGCUACCAAGAUCAAAGACAAGCAGGGAGACAUAACGGAGGACGAGACAAUCCGGUUCAAGUCCUACCUCCUGAGUAUGGGUAUUGCUAACCCUGUUACCAGGGAAACGCAUGGAUCAGGCACACGUUAUCACAUGCAGCUGGCUAAGCAGUUAGGAGACAUGCUGCAGGCUCCACUAGAGGAACGCGGUGGCAUGAUGGCGCUCACAGAGGUGUACUGUCUAGUCAAUCGGGCAAGAGGGAUGGAGCUUUUAUCUCCAGAAGAUUUGUUAAACGCCUGCAAAAUGCUGGAGUCGAUGAGGCUUCCACUGAGGCUGCGUGUGUUUGACAGUGGCGUGAUGGUGGUCCAGCUGCAGUCUCACAGCGAGGAGGAGAUGAUCGCUUCAGCUUUGGACAAUGUGUUAGAAAAAGGCUCGCUGACAGCAGAGGAGUUUGCAAAGCUCCUGGGUCUCUCUGUUCUUCUGUCUAAAGAGAGGUUGUUGUUGGCUGAGAAGGUGGGACACCUGUGUAGAGACGACUCCGUUGAGGGUUUGAGGUUCUACCCAAACCGAUUUUGAUCUGUCAGUUCGAUUGUUGCUGUAGAACUUCUGCAGAGGCAAUAAAAUCAUCUCUGGACAUUUCAGGAUGUCUGAUGGUAUUUUACGGUUCUGUUCAAGAUUAUAUCUUUCAACUAUCAGGUUCUGGAUUUUUCUGUGAAACGUAAAUCCUGUACAUGAAGCAACGUGAUUUGAGAUGGUGUGUUUUGCUUCAUCUUGCAUAAAUACUUCUUUAAACUUGUGUUUUCUGUUUGAAACUACUCUCAUUCACUGAUAUCCUGUCAGUGUUUCAGAGUAAAAUGUUUAUUUCUACAAUAAAGGAAGCUCUGAAACAUG